AUGGAUUCCGACAACGAUCCAGCAACUAAUGAGUCUGACAAGACACCAUGGAGUCCGUUUGAGCAUCUCCCGGAUGCACUUCCAGUCCUGCGUGACUAUGAGAUUCGACAGAAGCUGCUUCAGUGGAAUCUGAGCGACGCGCUUCAUUUGCAGCGCUUUCUUGUCCAUCGACGCUUGCCGAGUGAAGCGGAUGAAGCUCUGCUGGCGGAAUUUUUUCAGGAUCAUACAGUGCAUCAAAUUCUACCGCUUCCUGAACAUGUCAAUAGCAACGCCGAGUCGUCCUCCAAGGCCUUCUCGCUCCACUUCGAGCGCUUACGCGUCAGUGUAACGAGCUUGGCAUUCUUCGAGAAGCUCGAAUCAGCAGGCAUCGUGGCCCGUGACGGCAGUGUACGCGGCUGCAUCGAUGAAGACUUUGACGGUUGCACAGCUGGAGAUCUGCUCACCGAAAUGUUGGUGAACCCUGACUCGGACAACUGCGAUGUGUUCUCCGAACAAGACAAGCAGGAAUUCAUAUUCCUUCUCUUCUCUACACUCAUUAUUGGAGGUGGAGCGUUGCGCCAAGCGGAUUCACGCGUCCAAGCCUAUGAAAACGUAACUCGCGAACUGUACCACAUCGAGAUCACGUCACGCGUAUACCGCGUGAGUGGCGACGCUCUUUUCCAUGCUUCUCUGUCGCGGUUUCACUCCUGCUUCGCCAUCGUAGACGCUCGCAAGCGUUGGCUCACAGUCUGGUAUUGCCCCUUUCGAGCAUCGUGGUAG